UCCAGUUGUAAAGUCCACACACAAGGCAAAAAUGCGCUGAGGAUAAAUCUGCCUGGAGCUCGGUCGUUAACCAAAGAUUAUCCUACAGCGCUGAAACAGUUCAAGAAAAAACCCUCCGGAUAAGUUUUUAUUUCAGAGGAAAUCCGACAGAAGAUGAAUACCAACGAUGCCAAGGAGUAUCUUGCACGGCGGGAGAUACCUCAACUAUUUGAGAGCCUGCUGACGGGUUUGAUGUACUACCGACCCGAUGACCCCAUCGACUACCUGGAGGGCUGUCUGAAGAAAGUCAGGGAGCUCGGAGGAACAGACAAGGUGCGGUGGGAUACCUUCGUGGGCCAGGAGAAGAAGCCUCUUCCCCCUCUCAACGGUGGCCAGUCACGCAGGUCCCUUUUCAGAAAUGUGUUGCCCGACAGUCCCAAUUUCCCCUACAGACGGUAUGACCGCCUCCCUCCCAUCAGCCAGUUUUCCAUCGAGAGCGACUCGGACCUGUCGGAGACGGCGGAGCUCAUAGAGGAGUACGAGGUGUUUGACCCAUCCAGACCGCGGCCCAAAGUCAUCCUCGUUAUCGGUGGCCCUGGCAGCGGCAAAGGAACACAGAGCCUGAAGAUUGCCGAGCGUUACGGCUUCCAGUAUGUUUCCGUGGGCGAGCUUCUGAGGAAGAAGAUGAUCCACAAUGCCACCAGCAACAGAAAGUGGAGCCUGAUCGCUAAAAUCAUCACCAACGGAGAGCUGGCGCCACAGGAAACAACAAUAACUGAGAUCAAGCAGAAGAUCAUGAAGAUCCCAGAGGCUAAUGGUAUCGUCAUAGAUGGGUUCCCUCGUGACGUCGGACAGGCCUUGUCCUUUGAAGACCAGAUCUGCACUCCUGACCUGGUGGUGUUCCUGGCCUGCACCAACCACCGCUUGAAGGAGAGGCUACAGAAGCGAGCCGAGCAGCAGGGACGACCGGAUGACAACCCCAAGGCCAUAGACCGCCGCCUGACCAACUUCAAACAAAACACCAUUCCUCUGGUCAAGUAUUUCCAGGAGAGGGGCCUCAUUGUCACGCUGGAUGCAGACCGAGAUGAAGAGGAGGUCUUCUGUGACAUUAGUAUGACUUUGGACAACAAGCUGUUUCCCUCCAAAGAGCCUGCUGCAGGCCCCAGUGAGCUGGAUCUUAGUCUACUGGGAGAAACCAGCAGCUUGGCAGAUGUUGCCUGCAAGUACGAUGAGGUUGAAGAGGAGGAAGAACUCUGUUAUGCCGAAGGAGCCGCAGAAAGUUAUUGUACAGAGCAGAAGAAACCAAAGGUUAUCUUCAUGAUGGGCGGUCCAGGCUCAGGGAAGGCUCUGCAGUGUGAGCGGAUGGAGGAGAGGUUCGGCCUGCGUUGUGUUACCCUGGGUGACCUGCUGUGUAACGAGCUGCAGUCCCACAGUGACAGGGGGCGCCACCUGCGGGACGUCCUGGAGAGAGGAGAGCCUCUGCCUGAGGACACACUAACGGAGCUGCUGUGUGAUACGGUGGCGUCGUCGGUACGGAAGGGGAAAGGUCUUGUGAUCAGCGGUUUCCCCCGAGACCUGAGACAGGCGGAGGAGUACGAGGCCAAGAUGGGGGAUCCAAGCACAGUCCUCCUGCUGAACUGCUCACCUGACACGAUGUGCAGUCGUCUGCAGUGCCGCGGGAGAUCCAGCUCCGGAUUCCAUCCCACAUCAGACAGAGACCAGCAUCAGACGGCUGAGAGCUUUCGCAGUAACAACCAGCCAGUGGCAGCUUACUAUGAACACCGGAGGCUUCUGCACAAGAUUGACGCAGAGAGGCCGCCGGAUGAAGUGUUCGCCCAGAUCUGCCAGGCGACGGAUUCCUGUUUGACCAUCUGAUUACUACAACCUCUACACUGCCC